CGUGAAUAGUCUAUUUUUUAUACAAAUAAAACACAAAUUGCAUCAUCGAGAAUAUUUUUGUCCCUACCUAAUUUGGAUAGUAUUUCAUUCGGAAAACAAAAAUACACCUCUGUUUCCAACUGUACCCAGCAGGCCGAGCAGGGAGGCAUUAAUUUCAGCUGCAGGAUAUCGUGUUAUAUCAGUUAUCACGUCUACAUUGCACGAUUAAAGUCUGCUUGACAUCAACACAGAUAGGUUAAUAUUUGUUAUACGCUCAGUAUAGAUAGACUUCGACAAGAUGGCGUUGAGCAACCAGGAAGUGAACAAGCAAAUCCAGCAUAUGGUGAGCUUUAUCGAGCAAGAAGCCGCUGAAAAGGCUAACGAAAUCCUCGUAAAGGCGGAGGAAGAAUUCAACAUUGAGAAGGGGCGCAUUGUGCAGCAGGAGAAGCUCAAGGUUAUGUCGCAGUACGAGCGCAAGGAAAAGCAGGUAGACACACAGCGCAAGAUUGUAUACUCCAACCAAUUGAACAAAUCACGUCUGCAGAUCCUGCAGGCGCGUGAGAACCACGUGAACAACCUGCUCGAGGAAGCCAAGAAGAGUCUUGCGGACAUUGGCAACGACCAGGGCAAGUACGGCGACGUGUUGAAGGGACUGAUCCUUGAGGCCUGCUACACCCUCACCGAGACCACAGUCUUAGUCAAGACGCGCGAGGCCGACAAGGCGCUGGUGGAGAAGCAGCUGGAUGUCGUUAAGAAGGAGUACGAGGAGCGAACCAAGCUGUCGCUCGAACUGAAGAUUUCUGACGAAUACAUUCCGUCCGAUAGCGCCGGUGGUGUGAUUGUGUCCAACGGAAACGGGCGUAUCACCGUCGACCAGACACUCGAGGAGAGAUUGGCGUACAUUGGUGAGAGGACUCUACCGGCCAUCCGUACAAUGUUGUAUGGCUUAUCCGAGGGACGAAUUUUCUUCGAUUAGAGCGUUGCGUGAAUGGCCUGUGCGUCUGAAGUCUGUGUGAAGUGUAUAAGGUAUACCGGUUGCGGUUGUGGUGGUGGUGGUGGCUGCUGUGCGCAUUCUUCAAUGAGGUUUGGGAACGCCUUAUUCGCGUGUGAAGGCAGACUGUGCCUCCAUGUGCAGUGACUGAAUAUCUGAUGCGGAGUUCUACCUGCUCUAGAGCGUAGCGUAUCGGGGAUCAUUGCUCGAGAAGAGUUAGGAGAGGGCAGAGGCGUGACUAUUGAUAGGUUAUCAGUACUUUGCCCCAUCGAAACAACCCCGGCUGUAUACGCGCAGUAGGCCGAUACCAGUGCGAUGAAGGCAGAUAGGUGAUGUAUACGUGGGUUAGAAUUGUAAGUGAAUAUAUGACGACAAAGAGGGGGGUGCAUGCAAAUAAAUUGAUGCAAUGAAGAAGAGCUGACGAUAGUCACAGGUUUGUACACGAAUCCAUGGGUAGAGUUUGUGAAUCAUAGCCUCAGAUAUGGAA